AUGGGUGCCAACGAAGUCGUCUUCAUCAUCGGCGCGACUGGAUUCAUUGGGUCUCAUGUUGUCAACUACACGCUCCAGGCAGGAUACAAAGUCCGCUUAAGCAUACGCCGAAAGGAACAAGAGCAAAGCAUCCGAGCUUGGCUGCAAGGACGAGAUGAAAACGUCGAGUUUGUACAUAUCCCGGACCUGGCAAAGCCUGGGGCAUUUCAAGGAGUGCUGGACGGCAUCGACUACAUCUUUCACCUUGCGAGCCCACUCCCUGGGAAGGGAGACGAUGUCAGGAAAGACUACGUUGAGCCCGCAGUGACUGGUACGACUGCAAUUCUCGAGCAAGCCAAACGACAUGAGAGAAUCAAGUUCGUAAUCGUGGUCUCCUCGAUCUUGGCAUUGAUACCGAUGGGAGGUAUCAGGAAGCCGCCAGUCAUCCCAAAAGCGAACAGCGGAGAGCGUUUGAAGGUGGACAUCACGAGAAAGUUUCCCGCAGGCUUCCCGGGCCAUGGAAUGAAAUACGGCGCGUCGAAGAUCCUAGCCCAGCAGGCCACCCGAGACUUCGUGGCGAAGGAGAGGCCCCUUUUCAAACUGAUCACCUUCCACCCGACGUUUGUCCUUGGCGAUAGUCUGAUCCAGAGAACGUUCAAGGAGCUUGAUGGGAUGAACGCCCAGCUCUGGAACUCGCUUCCGUCAGAGGAGCCACUGAUCCCUAGUGCCUUCGUGCAUGUUCGAGACGUAGCACAAGCUCAUGUUGCGGCGCUGCGAAAUCGAGAUUCGCUCAACACUGGAACGGAGUACAUCUUGUCGACGCAGCCAUUCGGAUGGGACAGAGUCGCCGACGUUGUUAAGGCAGAGUUUCCACAGAUAGACGUGAGGCUGAGAAAGGGGCCAUUUUCGCAAGACGACUGGCAUGUCGAUACAACAUUAGCGGAUCGUGAUCUUCAGAUUAAAUGGCGCAGUGGGGAGGAUAUGGUGAGGAAUGUGCUCAAUCAGCAGCUAGCAUUGAAGCAGAAGGCCAGUCUGUAA